CAGUACCUGACGGUGUUCAGUGUUCACCUCCUAAAUGUGAUCCUGGCUGCAGGAUUGAUUAUAAAUCUCUUCCAUGCCCCAGCUGUGUUUGUGAUGGAAUGUUGCCAGUUAUUCAGUGCUCUCCUCCCAAAUGUGAAGCUGGUUGUUCGAUCGAUUAUUCCACGGAUCCAUGCCCCAGUUGUGUUUGCGAUAGAGUACCACCAUUGAUCCAGUGCUCUCCUCCGAAAUGCGAAGCUGGUUGUUGGAUUGAUUAUUCCACGGAUCCGUGCCCAAGUUGUGCUUGCGACAGAGGUAAAAAAUACCUAUUUACUUAUGAAACAUUUAAUUCUAAUCGGCAGUAAUAUUAUAAUUAAGUU